UCUAUUCUGACUUCAUCCCCAUUUGAGAAGCUACAAAGAACAACAGAAUCACAGAAAGCCUUACAAGACAGUGGUAUCUUCUCCUUACAUCUCAAUGUACAGCCACGGAGAACAAAGCAAUCAAGUUUAACUGAUAGUCCAUUAAAAUCAAGUAGACAGAAAGUGGACUUUUCGAAAAUAUUAAGGGCAAAGCAAGUGAAUAUUUAUAAACAGAACAAAAAUCGUUUUCUGAAAUCUGUUACCUCUUGCCUCAUACAUCAAUCUAGUGUUGAAAUUCCAAAGAAACAAGUCUCAUCAAAAACAAUCUUGAAUUCAAAAAUUUCAAACAGUGUGGUAGAGAAAGCAUCAAAUAAAGCUCAUAUUCUAGGAGACCAAUCUCCAAGUAUAAUAGUCAAUGCCCCUGACUGUGAUAACUCAGUCAACAACAGACUCAAACUGCAGUGGGAUGUAAAAGAAAAAAUCAUGAAUAUGAAGCAUAGGAAGAGUGAAGUAGAUUUGGUUGUGACAAAAGUUGAUGAGCCCAUCCCUUCUUUACCUCACUUCAAAUUGCAUAAAGACACCAUCGAUGGGCUUUUCUCAAAUAAUGUGAAAAGAACCAUACGACAUAUGUCACAUGAAGAAAAGGACAGAAGAAAACCAUGGGAAAUGAAAGGAAUAAUGGACCAUAACAUUACUUUGAAGGCAGAAAACGCUUCACUGUUGUCUGUACUCAGUGGAAAGGAAUUGCCUCUGUUGUUGCACAGUAUAAAACAAGAGAGCAAGGUGCAAGAAGGUAAAGGUAAAUCAGAGAGGAAUCUGACAGACUCUUACACUUCUUUAUCAUCUCUAUCACAAGUUAAUUUGCAUUCAAGAACAGAAGUAGGAAAAGAUAAGCCAAGAAUACUAAGGAGCUGUCUCUUGGAACAAAAGUCUCAGGUGUCCUCAAAUGUCAAAAGAGUUUCCUCUGCAGAGCCAGCUGAUAGAGAGACUUUGUGCAAUGCAUUGGAACCAACAUGUUUGCUGCAAAAGCGGGAGAAAUCUGGAGAAAAUAUAGUAGAUAUAAAAGAUAUAAUGGACCUCAUAUGUUUCUCCCUGAAAUGUGAGAACUCGCCAUUUAAACAAAUACUGCAUGGAAGGAAACCAGAGUGGGACAAUAAAAAACAAGAGGACACGAAGAAGAAAGACAAAAGUAAGCUAGGUAUAGUUCAGAACAAAUCCUGGAAUUCCAUCCUUCCUUCGCCUCAGGUGGAAUGGGAUGUCAGAAUGAAGCAAGGAGUAGCACAGUUGUGUCUCCCACCACCGACACUCCAAGAAUUGUCAGAGGCAACAUGUAAGGAGCCAACCGAUGAUAAUUUAAGCAGUAUAAAAAGAGCAAAAUAUACAACAAAGAAGUAUAGAAUGCAAACAGGAGAAAUAACGCCUUCUGAGAGAAUGUUUUCAAUGACAAAGCAAUCCUCAGUGCCACAGGAAUUACAGAUGAAUGUUGAGAAAAAAGAGAAAAAGACACAGGAAGAUAAACAAGUUGAGACUGAGGAGAAAUCUUCCAUUUCUUUUCCACCUUGCUCUGCAAGAAAAAAAGGAGAGGAAGCUUUGCAAAUAAAGGAAAGAUCCUCUUUUCUUCACCCAAAGCUCAAGGAGUCACCACAGAGAGGAAAGAUAGCACAUGAAAAGUUUAUUUCUGAUGCUAUCUGCUACAGCAUAAAAAAUACCAUAGAUCAUAUUUUGCAGAAAGAAGAGAGUGAAAAAAUGGAAAGUAUCAUAACUCUGAAGAAAAACAAAUCAGUUUUACAGAACAUUCAGUUAGACAUCAAACAAGAAGAAGAAGAACUACAAAAAAUUAAAGAUGAACCAACUGUGGACAAUACCACUAUUUCUGUCCCUUCUCCUUCUCAUGUAACAUUGGAUUCAGGGAUGGAAAAAGCACAUUGUAUAAUGGAAGUGAUACGAUGUUCUCUUCUAGAACUACUACAGCAGAAAUCAUCAGAUGCGGUGAGAAAAAUGAGUAGAGAGUCCACCGAGGGAAAUAUCAGAAUGUCUACACAAAAAACAAAAGAACACAUGCCAGAGAAAGAAGAGAAUAAAAUAAAAGCAUUGGCCAAGGAAAAUAUACUGCAUCCAAAGGACAAAGAUUUGAAAGAAAAUAAGACACUUUCACAGGGCCUAUCGUUGACUCUUGCAGAGGAUGGGGAAACGGAUCAACCAAGUAAUGAGAAGAAGCAAACAGCCAGAGAAAGCAAAAAGCAAGAGAAAUGGGAUCAUGAUGGCAAAAAGCAAGGGAAAACGGAUUCACAAGGGAAACAGGAAGGGAACAUGGAUGGAAAAACUAAUGAACAAGGGAAAAUGGACCCAGAAGGCCAGGAGCAAGAGGAAAUUAAUGGAGAGUGUAAAGAACUAGAGAAAAUAGGUGUGGAUGAUAAAGAACAAGGGAAAAGGGAUCAGCAGAGGAAAGAGAGAGGGGAAAUGGGUCUAGAAGACCAAGACCAAGAGCAAGAGCAAGAGCAAGAGAAACCACUUGGUGGAGAAGGCAAAGAGCAAGGGAAAGUGUAUCCAGAGAGGACAGAGCAAAAGAAAGUAGAGAGAAAAGCAGAAGAGCAUGAGAGAGUGGAUGGAGAAAGGAAAGAGCAAGAGAAAAGAGACGAAGAAGACCAACAGCAAGGGGAAUGGGAUCAACAAGUUACUUCUCAACUGGCGACAAGAGCAGAAGAUGAAGAUGAAGGGGGAGGAGGAGAAGGAGGAGGAGAGGAAGGAAGGGGGGAGACAG